UAUUUAUUCGCAUUUUUGGAUUUAUGUUUUCUGGUGGUUCGCUUUCAAGGGGAUUGUCAACAAAACGUCAAAUUUGGCGCAACUUUGUGUAAACUUGUUGCUGUUGUUCUUUUUGAUUGUUUACUGUUAAUUAAUUAAUCAAGAUGUCAGAUAACGAAGACGUAGGAGACGAAUCUGCAAGUUCUAACACGUUUUACAAACCAUCUUUCGUCCUCAUUGCAAUCGAUACCGACCCUUCGAUGUUUGUUAAAAACGAAAGCGAUGGCAAUACCCCGUUUAAGGAUUGCAUUUCUGCCUGUUAUAAUCUGGCAAAUUCGCUAAUAUUUGUCCAAAAUAAGCGAAGCUGGAGCCCUUUUGGUGUGGUAUUGGCACGUGAAGAUGCUUCAGCGUCGCUUGUCAAUUUCAACGAUAACAUCUUACAAUCAAUAAAAUUGCUUAAAGAAAAGAAUGAAUUGUCGCAGGAAAAAUUGUUGGAUAUGUAUGAAAGAAAAAGCGGCUUAAAUUUGAGUUCAUUUUUCCUCUUUUGCAAAAAAAAGUUCAAGGAAGUCAAUUCGGUGUUCUACAAAAGAACGAUCAUUUUCAUAACCAACGACGAUAACCCCGUUCGUGGUGACAAGAACCAAAGAUUUGCUGCACUUAACGAAGCAAAAAAUUUCGAGUCUAAUGAUAUCACUUUCGAGUUGGUGACCAUGAAGCCCAACUUCGAUUAUAAAAUUUUCUACAAUGAGUUAUUUUCAAUCAUUAAGAGCCCUCCCGUUGAGACAGUUGUGGAAGAUGAAGAUGGUUUAUUUGAGAAACUUUCUUCCUCAGUUGUCAGGAGAUUUUAUCAAAGGAGGUUGCUGUUUUUCCCUUUUGCGAAUGACCAAACACGGUUUCUUAAAAUCAGGCAGAAGUCGUUUGUCCAAGAGGAACGACUUUACAACAACGCUUCCGUUUCCGAAAGUGGAAAACUUUUGAAAAAGGUUUCAAAAACAGUAAAUGACUCCAUUGAAACCUACAAGCUUGACUAUGAGUUAGGCUCACUCGAGUUCAGUGUUAGUGAACGCUUCAAAAUUAGAAACACAGACCUACCAAUUGGUUACACCCUAGUUCAGGUGUCUGACAGGGUCACGGAUGUGGGCAUUGUUUUGACAAACCCGGUAAUCAUCGAGGUGGAUCCUAAGGAAGAGCUGGACCUCUUUGCUAGUUUUUGGCAGUAUUGUGUGGAAAAGAACAAAGUUCUUGUCUGUUUCCGAAAAUUGAAAAAGCUUGAUAAAAUUUGUUUCGUGGAAUUUAUCCCGAAGUUUAUGAACAAUAGCAGGGUUUUUGUCGCUAAAACAAUUCCAUUCAAUGAUGAUCACCAACCCAUCCCAAGUGCUCUCGCCUCUGAGGAGCCAAACGAAAGUUUUUCCAAGAAAAUGCUCCAAACAACCAAUGAACUAAUUGAUAAUCUAACGUUCGACUAUGACCCCAAAAUGUUUACCAAUCCUUCCCUCACCAAGAAAAAGGCUUAUUUGAGGUCCAAGCUGCUUGAAGAACCUCAGGAAGAUGUUGAAGAUGUUUCGCUAGACAGUGCUGCGAUUGAUAAGAGGUUGGGUGACUUGGGAGCAAGUUUCAAAAUGUUGUUUGGUUUGGAAGAACAGACUGCGCCAAAGAGGAAGGCCCCUGCCUCUGGAAGGGGGUCAAAGAAGACAAAGACUUAAUUUUAUUGUAGUAUUUGCUAAAGUUCCAAAAAGAACUUUUUUGCUACCUAAGUUUAGGAAUUGCUCUAAACAUUAAUUACAUAAAAUAUAACACUGCUGUAUUGAAUUUUAAA